UAUUUUGCAGGGGAUGAGCUGUGCCUGAUGAUGAGGGCAUACUGUCCUUUAUUACUGUAUACCCUUAGAAUCAAGCCACGUGUUCUUUCAGGACUGCAUUGCAGCAGACACCUAAAACCUAACAUAUCUCUCUGAAAACUGCCUUAACCCAGAUAUUAGGCACUGAUUUCCAUCGAACGUGUUCUUCAGCCCUCACCACCCAAAGCAGUACAAAACCAAUUCUACUGAUUGCCCGCAACCAAAACGAGCUAAGCAAGUGAAAUCACGAUUGUUGAAGCUUUGAGUUGACAUUUACACAAGGAACACCGAGUUUUUUGUUGGGAUUCGGAGUGGUGCCCCUUUGCCUUGCACACUUGUAUCCCUCUAUAUCAACCAUCUUAUCUCCCACCUCACAACCCCCAAUACACAUUACCUAGUGAGACAUUUGGCAGUAAAAACAGAUAAACCAUCAUCAUCACUGCAUAGCCCUCAACUUCUUCAUUUUUAGUGUGUAGAAAAAGCCAUGGACUUGACCUCUAGCCCCCACCAUAGUACCAAAUCCCCUGACUCGGACACGGAUACUGAAACCCCGCUCCAGACCCACCUCACCAAGGCCUUAUCUCUCACAAAAGGCUCGGGCAAGACCCGCCAAAAUCACCAUUUCCCACCACCACCACAGCAACAUAUGGUGGUCUCUUACAGAGAAUGCCUUAAAAACCAUGCUGCAGGUUUCGGUGGCCUAGCCUUGGAUGGCUGCGGGGAGUUCAUGCCUAAGCCAACUACUACCCCUCAAGACCCUACCUCCCUCAAAUGUGCUGCCUGUGGCUGCCACCGCAACUUCCACCGAAGCGAGCCAUUUGGCCCCACCACCACCACUCGCAUGCCGCCACGACCAGCACUUAACUGGACCACGAGCCCAUGUCCAGGGUCAACAAGUUCGGGCCCAACUCUAAGCCCAGCAUCACCAAUCCCCAAGUCUUUCUACCCCUCUGCACCUCACAUGUUACUGGCCUUGAGAGCAGGUCAUCCUGAUGAUACCCAACCCCAGAAACAGUGUCAGAGUCUGGUAAUGAUAGACCCGCAUGGGAAAAAGAGAGCAAGGACCAAGUUUAGUCAAGAACAGAAAGAAAAGAUGUACCUUUUUGCUGAGAAGUUGGGGUGGAGAAUGCCGAGGGGCAACAAUGAUAGAGAUGUUGGAGAGUUUUGCGUUGAGAUAGGGGUUAAUAGAAAUGUUUUCAAAGUUUGGAUGCAUAACAACAGGUCCAGGAAAGAAAAGGUCAGUGAUAGUUAUGGUAUUAAUAGCAGCAACAAGUGUGGUUUUGAUGUUAACGAGGAAGCUGCGGGUAGAGUGAUUGGUACGGACAACAAGGGAUACAGCUUUGAUAACGAUAACAAUGGGAGCAGCCAUGAUAGCUUUGAUAGGUACCAGAUUGAGAGUAAAGUCCAUGUUGAUGGUUCUAUGACUCCCCAUGGGUCUUCUUCUUCAUCUUGAUCAUGGGAUGGAUGGAAAGAAAGGCAGAGGCUAGUGGGUAUGAAACCUCUUUGUCUUGUUAUUUCUUUUCUUGUUGCCUUCUUUUGUUCUUUCGUUUUCUAGUUUCUUUAACUAUGUUGAUUACUGAUUAGUGAUAGCUAGUCACUAAUUAAUGGUCAUGGAAAUCAGAAUGGAGGAUGCAUGACAGUU